AUGGCAAAUAAAAACCGACUUAGCGACACUUCACCCUCUUUUGACGAUAUUGCAGACUUUGAAAGUGCCGACCGCGGAUUCAUAGUAUCACGAAAGCAAUGUUUGAUCAAAAACGACAAGGGAAAGAUAGUCUGGGACAACGACCAGUACAAUUUCGUCAACGAACAGCCGUGCCCAGCAAUUGUCAACUCCAGGCUGUGGCGCCAGACUCAACUGCUAUCAAAGCAAGGGCUAUAUCGCAUAAGCCCAUCCAUCUAUCAAGUUCGUGGCUUUGACAUCUCCCACAUCACCUUUGUUGAGGGCAAAACAGGCAUUAUUGUCAUUGAUCCUCUAGUCUCGUGUGAAUGUGCCAAGGCAGCACUGGAGCUUUACCAGUCCGAGCGAGGUGUUCGCCCGAUAAAAGCAAUUAUAUUCUCUCACUCGCAUAUUGAUCACUAUGGCGGAGCGGCUGGACUAUUGCCGGAAUCCAAGAUAGGUCCUGCGAUGAACGAUAUCCACAUCAUUGCUCCUGAGGGUUUCAUGAAGGAGGUCACCUCGGAGAAUGUUAUUGCGGGACCUAUCAUGCGCCACCGUGCCGUAUACAUGUAUGGCUCCACUCUCCCCAGAUCUCCUGUCGGGCAGGUUGGUGUCGGACUAGGGAUGGGAAUUUCACAGGGCAAGACCAGCCUUAUCCCGCCUACCAUCGACAUUGGGCACACUGGACAGACUUUAACUAUUGACGAUGUUCGGAUUAUUUUUCAGAUGGUGCCAGAUACCGAGGCACCGGCUGAAGUAAACAUGUACUUCCCCGAUGAGCGGGCUCUUCUGAUCCCAGAAUGUGCAGCCCACUCUAUGCACAAUAUUACUACGCUUCGAGAGAAUCUCUGGAAGUGGCCACCACAUGAAGAGGGUUGCAGGUACAUCAAAUGCAUUGGAGGUGUGAAUGAAGUUUUGGUCAAGGCUGAGCUCUUCAUCGAGGAGAAGGAUUUACGAUUCGCCGCUACUUUGCUAGGUCACCUUGUCGUAGCAGGAGACCAAGCUGGGGGUACUCCUGCCUCGCGAGCUGAAGGAAAAGCAAUGCUGGCAGACGUCUUUGAGCGCCUUGGAUUUGGGAGUGAAAAUGCAACAUGGAGAAACUUUUACUUGGGCCAAGCAUUGGAUCUGAGGAGAGGAGACCGACCUCGGAACAGAUAUCCAUCCGGGCUAGGGAAUUUUCCAGUGACUUUGUCAAUUGAACAGUGGCUUGGUGGUUUGGCCCUUCGAAUUGAUGGAGAGGAAGCUGGAAAAGAUGAAAAGUGCACAUGCAUUGAUAUUCGCGUUACGGACGUACAGGAAACGUGGAGGCUGAUCCUCAGCAACGGCGCUUUGACUUACAGACAACAAAAUGACAGUAUGACGGGCGUGGAAUCCCAGAUAGAUUUAUCUCUAUCUCUAAACAAGCAUGAGCUGCAGCAGAUCCUGACUGGCAGGGAUGCAUGUGAAGCACAAGUGCUCGGCGGCGAUGUUCAGGCUCUCAAUAAAUUGCUUUCAUUUGCGGGAAUUACUGGAUAUGGCUACCCUCUCCUGGAGUACGGCAAAUAUGUCGCACAAUUUCCCAAUGCCUGCACCAACACUCUCUACCAUGACCGACGACUUUCGACUUCAGAUGACCUCAAAAUAAUUCGGCCCAACUCGGACACGCUGUAUUCCACUAUCUUUGUGGAUCUGUCCUCAAACGACCUGCAAAUUUCUAUACCAGAAAUCCCAGACCGUUACUGGGUUUAUCCCUUCUACGAUCUUUAUGGAAACGACAUUGGCAACAUCGGCAGUCUUCAAGGUCACCAGGCGGGAAAUUACCUCAUCCGAUAUACCAGUGAAAAUUUUGGUUUCUUUGUCGGUCCCCCGCCAGAUUACAAAGGCGAUCGCGUUGUUAUGGGUCAUGUCAAUCUGCCCACCCCCUACGGAAUAUGCGUUGCGCGAUUUGCCACGACACAAGCUGUCCAGGACCAAGAAGCAGUUUGUACAUAUCAGGAUCAGAUUCAACUGUGCUCUGUCCCCCGGUUUGCUGGACCUUUGGCUCCUCAGUUUCAGCUCUCCAUUUUUACUGCCCCUGAGCAUCAGCCGUCACAGAAGGUUUCUCCCGAACAAGUCGUCUUGAACUUGACUGCAUCACUAGCUCAUUUCAACCCUUCCUCUAUCUUGGAGGACAGACAGUGGAUUUCUGACAUACUCCUUCGAAGCGGAAUGAAAGAUGGUGCUUUCACUUGUCCUGAAGGAGUUGACAUCUCACAAGUCUCCGAAUUUGCAGACACUCAAGCUCGUGAUGGUCGACAGGCUCCUGGUGGCAUGAUGGACUUUGGUAAUGGAUGGAUUUCCGUUUAUCCCGAAGUUAUGGGAAAUUUUGGAUCAAACUAUGUUGCAAGAUAUUACAUAGCCAAGUUCGGCUAUCUGGGCGUCACGAGCGAUCAGGCAAUCUACCCAUCUCGACCAGAGGCUCUCAGGUUUAAAAAUGACGAAGCUGUUUUAUUACGCUUCUCUCGCCGACCUGUUCUCCUCAAGACCGGGUUCUGGAGUCUGACCACCUAUGAUGCAGACCAGUAUCUCGUCAAGAAUGACAUGAAUAGGUAUGUUCUCGGAGAUCGAGCUAAUAUGACCUUUCCGGAUGGGUCCCCACUCGAUGACGAAACCAAGGAUGGCGAGUUCUUUAUUCUGUUGCAACCCGCGGACGUUCCACCGCCAGCCCAAUGGAAAAAUAACUGGCUACCCUCGCCAGCAGGGGGUGGAAAGAUGUCAAUAACGUUGAGAUUUUAUGGCAUCAAGGAGGAGGUGAUGCUCAAAUCCUACGAGUUUCCGAGACUCGAGUACAUUAAAGCAAUCACUGAUUCGCCCAAGUCAUUGCUGUGA